AUGAGCUCCCCUAGCAAUCCAACUGUCGAAACUACAUAUCAUGAAGCUUCCGCUCCAGAUAGCACGGAUUCCAAUGUUCGUUACGCAGCUUACGCUAGUAGACUGAGGACGAUUGCAAUGGCAUCUCACAGAUACGUUGCAUACACCUCCGAUGUUGGUGAAUCGUUUCGUCCUGUAUUUCCGCCAGUGUUUGUGAAGCUAGGUUACGGUGUUUCUUGGGCUUACAUUUUGGGAGACGUCUCCUACACUUCAUGGGUUGCCAAAUUGAGAAAGGAAGGCAGAUACAGAGCGGGCUUGAAACCCUGGGAUGAAAUCCCAGCUGCUGACCCUAAAUUGCUGGAAAGCGGAGAACUGGCCAAUUUGCCAGAUUGGAAAAUGGUGGGACUAGAAAGAAUGAUUUUCCAAAGCGUGGCUUCGAUGGGUUUACCAGCGUUCACGAUCCACAGUACUGUGAAAUAUUCCGGUAACUGGUUUAACAAACAAUUUCCUAAAAACGCGGCAUUGCGAACUUGGGGCCCAAUCGCCCUGGGUUUGAGUGUUGUUCCUGUUUUGCCAUAUCUUUUCGAUAAGCCUAUGGAACACUUACUAGACCAAGUUUUCCAAAAUAACAGCCACGAAAAGCAACACUAG